AUGCGGUUCUGGGACAGUCCGUCACAAGAUUUGCCAUAUUCAUUUGAAGAGGUAGCAAGUAUAUUUUGGAAUCGUUAUCCUAAUUCUAAAGCUCAGCAUGUAAUCAGUGAAGAUGUGCUUGAACGAAAGGUUAUCGGAGAUCAGAUAAGGACAAAAAAAUUAAUUGUUAAAAAAGGUGCUUCAUUUCUCAAAGCCGCUCCAAGAUGGUUAACAAAACUUAAUAAUAUACAGGUUAUUGUGCCGACAUUGGAAGAAAGUAUUUUUGAUCGUAAAACUCGUUCGCUUACCACUUAUACACGAAAUAUUUCAUGGGUUUCAUUUUUCAAUAUACAUGAAAAGUGUAUUUAUCGACCUGUUAUUUUUGAUUCUCAAACUAGCCUUCAACGGUCAUUGUAUGUGUCAGUUUUGCAUGGAAGAAUUAGUGCGAUCAUUGAACGUGUUGUUUUAAUGUCUUUUCGCAAAUCAGUAAAAAAAACUGUUGCUGGCUUGCUGGAAAAAUUAGAAGAAAGCAUUUUCAAAUCGUUAUCCUCGAAAAAUGUUUCUCAGAAGGCUGCUGCUAUAAAAGACAAGUUAAUGUCAAAUAAAAAUAUCAGCUUCGAGAAAGUUUAA